ACAUGUGCCUAUAAGCUGGGAGGGCUGCAGAACCGUAGUUAGGAACAAAUAGAACACACACACUGAGAAAGACCGGGCAAAUUUCUCAAUUUGCUCUCCCUCUUUUUAUUCGCUGAAAGUUUUCCGCGAACAUAGGGGAGAGUUGUAGCCGAGGCAAUCUGUCAGCACGCUGCGUUACAUUUCAGACAUUCUCUCAUCCAAUUACUGCGUAAUUAGGGAAUGGAUAAAUAAACAUACAAGCUUUAUGAUCUUUGAGGGAUUUAUAGCAGCAGGGGAACAGGCACGCUGCAAGUUCAGGAUCCUUCUUCAGUGAUCUGACAGGACUUAGGGCAGCCUCCACCGGCGGUAGGGAGCGGGACAAGAGCGGCCUAACAAUGAACCGAUUACUGUAUCUUAUAACAGGCUUGGUUCUGGAGUUCACCAACGGCGUCCAAAAACCAAUCGUUGAAGUGGAUUUACAAUUUGGUUUCGUGAAGGGUUACAGCCCGUACAUUACAUUCAUAGUGCCACCAACACCAUCUCGUAAUAGAAAGCAAUGUACCAGUCAAGCAGUGCUUCGGUUAGAUUUUUCUGGGAUUUACAAAUACGCCAAAUUCCACCUUGAUUAUGGAGACCGUCCUCGUCUUUGGACUCUGGAUAUUUCCGACUCAAAAACUGGCGACGGGUAUGGAGGAGACAAUGGCACAACCAGUAACAUGGCAGAAACUCACAUCUUCAAUCGCCAACUUCGUCUCUAUGGCAACAGUCUCCCAGGUUACAAUCACAAUACCAUAAAUGGAAACUUACUAUUAAAAGUUGUCGACAAUAUUGUUAAAAAGGGUAGUAAAAUUACAAUAGAAAUCGCUGAUGAACGUGUCGAUUGGAUUGUUGGUAAUGUUAAAGAUUUUGUGGAAUCUAAAUAUCUGUACACAUUGGACGGCCAGGAGGCGGUAUACGGUGAAAAGGACUACUACGUGUACGCAGGUUUUAACAGAGUGGUGGCGGGGACGUUCAGAAAUGGCUCUGGGCUCUGUAGAGUUGGGAUCAGUAUGCACGAAGCCUUAGAUGAGUGUGAGAAUGGAGUCCAUAAGUGCCACGCAGAUGCUGAUUGUAUAGAUACAAGACGAGCUUACAGGUGUAAAUGUAAAGAGGGGUUCUAUGGGAGUGGAAACAUUUGUAUAGAUGUAAAUGAAUGCCAAUAUGAAAAUGGUGACUGUGUUCAUAAAUGUACCAAUACUCAUGGUAACUAUUCCUGUAGUUGCUUACAAGGAUUUGUCUUAGACAGAGAUGGACAUAAUUGUAUAGAUAGGAAUGAAUGUUUUGAGAAUAGGGGAGGAUGUUCUCAGCAGUGCUUCAACACACUGGGGAGCUAUGAAUGCCGCUGUAAUAAUGGAUAUUCUCUUCAAACAGAUGGAAAAAGUUGUACAAGAGGAAGAGGAUGGUGUGAAACAUGGAAAGGAUGUGCCCAUCAUUGCAACCCUAGGAAUUAUGCCUGCGCCUGUCGGGCUGGCUACGUGCUUCACAAUAACGGAAAAGAUUGCAUAGCAACAUGUGAUAUUGGCAAUGGUGGGUGUCAGCACAAGUGUAGGAAUACCCCCCAGGGUCCAGUGUGUACCUGUGCCCCCAAGUACAUGGCAAGAGCUGAUGGAAGGACUUGUAUAGCGACGUGUGAUGUUAACAAUGGCGGUUGUGCUCAGACGUGCAAGGAUAGCAAUGACGGCCCUCAGUGCAGCUGUCCUCCUGGCUAUAUCCUACAUCAGGAUAAAAAAACAUGUUUAGAUGUAAAUGAGUGUAACAUCAAUAAUGGCGGAUGCAGUCAUGAAUGUGAAAACACAGACGGAAGUUAUGAGUGUAUUUGUCCAAAGGGUUACAAAGUGCACGCAAAUGAAAAAAUUUGUCAAGAUGUGGAUGAGUGCGCUCUGAAUACUACAUGUGACCACACCUGUAUCAAUACCCCGGGGAGUUACGUCUGCUCCUGUCACAGAGGGUAUGAAAAGUAUGGUGUCAGCCACUGCGGAGAUAUCAAUGAAUGUUCCAUCAAUAAUGGCGGCUGUGAUCAUGGGUGCCGUAACACCAUGGGAAGCUUUGAAUGUUACUGCCACUCUGGUCAUAAGCUCCACCCCAACAAGAAAGAUUGUGUAGUUUUGGACCGUUGCACCCCUCUGAAGCCUCCAGCUAAGGCUUUACUCUCCUGUACCCAGCAGGGUAAUGAUGAGGUGUGUGUCCUUAGUUGCCAUAGUAACGCACAUUUCACAGCCUCUGAUGACCAGCAGUAUACGUACACCUGUGGGCUGAGCACUCAGUUCCAGUGGACACACGAAAAAAAUAACCAGACGUUACCCUCUUGUUCUGAGGCAGUUACCUUGCCCAGUUUUAAGAAGAGGGCCAAAUUUUUUUUCAAGACUGACAAAUGCAAAUUGAGAAAACGUGUCAGAAGAAAUGGUGCUGCAAACGAGGCUCAAGAUGGUUCAUUUUCGCUCCCUGAUCAAGGGCGAUUCAAGUGCUCUCAGGAGUGCCAGGUGAAUUACGUGAACUUGAAGUGUGGAGCACAGAGACGGCAGUUUAGAAACCUAGCUGGCAAAGAUGACUCUAUUAUCACAGCAGUAUUUGAAAUACAAAUGUCACCCGAGGCAGUCACAGACCGUUGUGAUGUGCACUGUGUUAAGAAAAGAACAGAACGAAAACUGAAAAAAACCAUCAGAGCCCUAAGAAAAUCUAUUAACAAGGAAAGAUUUUUUGUUAGAAUAGGACGGGAUGAAUGGGAAGUAGAACGCAAUUCGUUUACGGCUCCAGGGUCGGUCCUGCCUAACUUUCAUGAUUGUUCUCUGGGACAGGUGUUUGUUGGAGAGUCAUGUGUGGCCUGUAGCAUAGGGACGUACUUCCAUGUGAGCAGUGGGCAGUGCGUGCCGUGUGCCCAGGGGACGUACCAGGACCAGGAGGGACAGCUGUCAUGUCAGGCGUGUCCAGAUCAGUCCCUAGGGAAAGGAGUGGCCGGAGCCAGGAAUAUCACUGAAUGUGGGGGUCAGUGCGGGAGGGGCUAUUUCUCCUCGGAUGGUUUUGAGCCGUGUGCACCGUGCCCCAGUGGUACAUACCAGCCGGACUACGGCCGCACCCAGUGCCUGUCAUGUGGGCAGGGAGUGGCCACCACUGGUGUGGCGUCCACUGGGUUUCAGGAUUGUGUCGUGAAAGCCAAGUGUCCCCCUGGCCAGCAUUAUGACCUCAGCCAGGAGAGGUGUGUCCACUGUCCUAAGGGGACGUACCAGCCUGCCUACGGCCAGAACUACUGUAUGGACUGUCCUGGAGACACCAGCACUGACCACCAGGGGGCAGUGGACAGCUCAGAGUGCAAAGACAUGAAAUGUGGGGGUCACAUAGGUCUCCACCAGGGUUAUAUACAGACCCCAAAUUACCCUGGCAACUACCCCAAUAACGUGGAGUGCACUUGGACUAUUGUCCCCGAGCAAGGAAGAAGAAUUCUGGUGGUUGUCCCUGAGUUGUUCCUGUCAGGACAAGAUCACUGCGGUGACAAGUUGGUGAUGAGGAAGUCAGAAUCUCCAUACUCCUUGGUGACGUUUGAGACAUGCGAGUCCAUGGAGAGACCCGUCGCCUUCACAGCGCGAUCCCGAAAACUUUGGAUCCAUUUUAAGAGUGAUAACAGGAAUACACAGAAAGGCUUCUGGAUUCCAUAUGUCACAUAUGAUGAAGAAUAUCAAGACUUGAUAGAAGACAUAGUGAGAGAUGGGAGACUGUACAGCUCUCACCAGCACAGAGAAGUACUAAAAGAUCGAAAGUUGCUGUCUGCACUUUUAGAAGUUAUCGCUACUCCAUACAAUUAUUUCAAGUAUGCCAAUGUUUCUGGAUCAAUGUUUCCAGCUUCUUUUAUCAAACUACUGACUCCAAAAGUGACAAAUUUUUUCGUGGAGGGUUGACACUUAACAGAAGACAUGAGACUGAGGACAUUGGAUGUGAACAAUAUAAAUCAUCUCUGUUAGAGCCUAUGUAUCUGUGCGUGUUGAUUGAUUUAAAAAAAAUUUUGUGCUCUGUUCUUCUGUCCAGUCAGUUGCAUGGGGAAACUCCGGUGUUGUUUGGUUUUAAAGCAACAUUAAAGAAUGUUUAUUUGUUACAUUUUUACAUUGUUUUGUAAUGUAAGUCUUUCUUCAAUGUAAAUUAUAAAGCACAAUUUGAGCUACACAUAUAUUGCAAUUAUUGCAGACAUGCAGAGCCUUUAAAGGCUUUUAUUUCUGCAGAAAUGCCAAAUGAUAAGCAUUAAAGGGUAAAAGUUUUGUUUUUUGCAUGAUGAAUGAUCUCAUUUUUGUAAAUUGUUUCGCUUUUUGCUACUGUAAGAUGUCAAAGCUUUACUUAUUCAUGAACAGUUCUUGCUGUGUUCAAGAAAUUUGCAACUAUUCAGCAAGAGAAAAAGAAACAGAAAAGAGUUGGAGAUUCCAUUUCACUCUUACAUCCAGUAUGUUAGAUUGUUUUUGCGUAAAUCAUGCAGAUUCUUGUGUAUAAAUGUGAUUCAUGUUACAUUCGUAGAGUCAACAGUGUAUGUAAUAGUCUUGUUGAUCAGCACAGGUGUCAUUCAAAGAAAAAAUUCUAUGAAAAAUCAAAAUACAGCUUUAGUAUAGAUUUGUGUUUGUCAAAACCUAGAAUAAAUGCUUAACAAAAGUAAAUGUGCAUAUAAAUAAGUAGACUUUGGUUCUAAGGAAUGUUCAUUGGAUUUGCAAAGGAGGCCUUUUAAAAAAUUUCAAGCAUUUUAAAAAUAAUUGUUAAAUGAAGAUUCAAAGACAAUAUCUUUAAAACUUUAUUGCAUUCAGGAUAUAAUGUAUCUUCCCAUGCUAAUAAUAAACAUUUAAAUUUG